ACUCGUGAGCGAAGUCGCAUAUCACUGUUGCCUACAGUAUCGUUAUCGAUCGCUAGAAUAGAGCAUUGACUCCAUCCCUUCUCCCUUGAUCGAGCCGCGCCCUGGUCGAACCGUCUGCCCGCCUCGUAUUUCCUGCAGUUUGUCCAGCAUCCUCCCUUGCAUUGACGGACAAGCGUGGAACACACCUGCCGACCUCUCACCGCCGUCUCGUGCGUUCUGCCCAAGCAUACACAUACAUACCAUCUACGAUUCCUGGGUUGGACGACAGUCUUUCUGCUUCACCCAUGGUUGCGUGGACAUCUCUGCAUGGGAGCACUUCUGGAGGAACACCACAAUGAGCUUCGAUUUUGAGACCGCGAGCAGGCCCAGUUGCCUUCUUCUGUUUUCACCAAAAUCCUCGAAACGACCCUGUCCUAGCACGUUCGAGGCGGGUUAAAUCUUAUCACCUCCAGCGAUAACUUAACCUUGACUGCUAGGCAGCCACAUCGAAGCAUGCUUUCCAUACCUUAUCGAUCCUCACAUACGAUGGAUACCAUCAGAGACCCUAAUAUAUACCUUCGCCGCCCCUCCGGAACUUCUCGACAGUAUGCAGUACCUGCCGAGGCAAACUUAUACCGACACGAUCGAAAUACUUCGAUAAAUCUAAGCUACGCCGAACAUGAGAUCGUACGACAGCGCAAGACACCAUAUGGAAAGCUGUCCGAACAAGAUACAGCGGCCUUGGACAAGAACAUUCAGUAUCCUGCAUCCAAACACCUCCUUCUCUCCUCUUCACCGGAGUUCCAGACGAAUACUCCCUCGUUCUCCGCUCGAUGGACAACAUCGAGUCAGGGCUCGCGCUCAGGCACCAUAGGGGGAAUGGAUCCUGGAAGAGAUGGAAGACAGGAAAGACAACAUAAGCCCCACGGAAAUUCUCAGCCAUACUCAUAUCGGUCAGCAUGGGACUUUGCUGGCGGCUUCGACUCCAUGCUCAAUCAAGCCCUUCCACUGUACCCUACGCAGAGAUACUAUAUGCAGCCGGGAUCUAAUAUUCCAACCGUACUGCCGGCGACACUUCAAUCUCAAUUCGGUCCUACAGCCUCGGCGAGUCAAGAGUAUUUUGGUCCUUACUGGCCAGAUGGCACCUAUAAUCCUUAUCGCCCGGCUGCUAUCCGAGAUUCUCGUUUCUUUCCACCGGUCCCUACGGAGAGAUUUCCCCCUGAGCACUUUCAGCACCCCCGGACUUUUCAACAUACAGCACAUCUACCUGUCGCCCGGAACAAUGGGUUUAUGCAGACAGUCCAGCCCCAGCUUCUGGGGAUGCCUCUCACGACAGUCGAGUCACCAGUAGCAAAGUGGAAUGUGCAGAACACCUAUCAAAAUACUCAAUAUUCUUUCCCGCAGCACUAUUCACCGCCUGAGCAUUUGAUGACCGAUCCGACAACUGUUUCGAGACCAUUACUUUCCUCAAUUGUGCCUGGUCCCGGCUCCGAACGGAUCGCUUUCAGGGACAGGACUUUUGCCUGGGCCAACAAGAUCUACACCGACCUUCUGCAGACCAUUCGGUGGACGGCCAAGGAUCAGCGCGCCUCGGGUGGCAGUACUUCCGAUUCAAGGUCGGUGCAGAAACCUGCCAUCUUCCCUAAGCCACCAAGACGAUCAGGAUCACAUUUUCACGAGACCUCGUUGGAUAGAAUACCAACGAGUACAAGCACUCCCAAAACCUUCUCAUCUUACAAUAACGACCAUUCCACGUCUGAACUCCCUAGUCGUCCUCAAACAGCCAUCUACCGUCCGCAGCAGGCACAAGCUGGAGCUGGAAACCAACACUUCUCAGCGUCGAGUAACAUUUCAAACACUCACUAUCCACCAAGAGACCGCAUACCCGAAGUUCGAAAAGUAGGCCCUGCCCUCGCUGAUGUCUACACGAGACCACCGUCAUUCGAGUCCGCAAAUUCGGCCCUGAGGACUAUGGAGCUUCUCUGUCAUGAAGCAGACACCCCUUGGGUAGAUGGAAUGCUCCUAGCCGGUUGUCUUGCAUAUGGGCUCGGGAAUUACGCCAAAGCUGAAGAGUGGUAUCAGGCCGUACUAAACCAGGAACCUGGCCACAUCGAGGCAAUGUCCAAUCUUGCUGCAACCUGUCAUGCUCUCCAUCGGAGGGAAGACGCACUCAAGUAUUGGUCCGAUGCCGUGAGUUUGAGACCUAGCUACUUUGAAGCCGUCGAACACCUCAUUGGUCUGCUUUGUGCAAGCCAUAGAGCGAGAGAGGCUGUAAGCGUUAUUGAGUAUGUCGAAAGUACCUUACGUCUUCCCCCAGAUGAUUGUCAAGCCUGGAGCGAGCUCAGUGAUGCUGAAAGUGAUUCGAGAAGCCACACCUCUAGUAUAGCGACCGUUGCAUCCUACGAUCAUUCACACCAUGAUUUCGACUUUGACCUUCCGCAAACUUUUGGAUCUGGGUCCGAGACUUUGUUACCUGGAUUCGGAUCAAGCGGUUUUGCUAUUCCUGGAGCAGACAAUGGUCGGAUUUUGGCGCUCAUUCACGCAAAAGGGAACAUGCUAUAUGCUCUGGGAAACAAUCAUGGCGCGGCUGCUGCUUUCGAGGAUGCAGUUCUUAUCUCUACAGGACACCGGAAGCAGGGCAUCAAGGGUCUGAUAAACAAUAUCUUAAGAGCUUGCCUACGCAAUAUCAGAGACCCUGAGUAUGUUCGAUCAAAGCUGGAUGGCAAAGAACCAAUCCUGCUGGCUCCUGAACACGCCGAGGCCACUGCUAGGAACAUGUUCCCUCCAGAUGGUGAUCUUCCCGGCCUUGAGCACGUCACUCCUCCCUUCGCGGUCCAAGCGGCCGUGUCUACGACAAGCAACUCGCUGUUAUCACUUGCAAAGAUCUACCAAGAUGGGAUGUCCAUCGCGACAGACAUCGGGACUUUGAAGUCACCGAGUACCAGGGAAAUUCUUGCUCUGUACUAUCUUUCUUUAUCUCUGCAGCGCAGUCCUUCGACGGCCAAUAAUGUCGGCAUCCUGCUCGCAGGAGUGCAACAGAGCGUUCACCCCGCUCAUCUGGCUGAGUCGCACUUCUCCCAAAUUUCGAACAUUCCCGGAGUCAGUGCUGGCAGUGGAAUCUCUUUGGCACUGAUGUACUACAACUAUGGUCUCAACAUCGACCAGAAGCAUGCUCACUUGUUCACCAACCUGGGCAGUCUCCUCAAAGACAUUGGUCAACUUAGCGCCGCCAUCAAGAUGUAUGAGCGUGCAGUCAGUUGUGAUGGCAGCUUUGAUAUCGCAUUGGCAAACCUCGCCAACGCAGUGAAAGACCAAGGUCGGGUGGCGGAUGCCAUUGUCUACUACAAGCGUGCAGUGGGCGCCAACCCCGAUUUUGCGGAAGCUGUUUGCGGUCUUGCCACAGCUUUAAAUUCAGUAUGCAGCUGGCAUGGCCGUGGCGGCAUUUGUGCUUAUGAUAAGCUGCGCGACCGCCUUCAUGUUGACGAGGAUGGCAUGAAGCACGCACCGUACCGGCCGUACGGAUGGAUCAAUCGUGUUGUCCAAAUUGUCGAGAAGCAGCUCAAGGAAGGUGAGCUUUGGGGAUGUGGCACGCUCACCUCGAAAGUCGUCGAAUCGCUUUCAGCACAACUCUCCCUGCAUAAGCUUGACUCCCACGACAACAUACGAGAGCCGGCCAUCGAAAUCUUGCAACAGGCACUACGCAGCUGGUCAGGACAGAAAUGGGAAGGUUCGAGGAUAGUACGCUUGAUCGAACGGGCGAUUCGCUACAUUGGCUGGCAGUGGUACCAGGAUCGAUAUAUCAAGCGCAAAGAAUACCCGGCACGAAAAUACUCGCGGCCUCUUCUCCCAAACACGCUCUCACCACCCUCGGCGCCGACUGUCCUUCCAUUCCAUACCUUCACCGCACCUCUGUCGGCGAAACAAAUUAGACAGAUAUCACAGCGGAAUGCACUUCGAAUCUCAGUGUGCACACUUCGCUCUGCAUGGCUUCCAGCUACUGUGUUUCCGCCACCGGCACCCCCAGACCCUAACCUCAAUGUUGGCUAUGUCAGCUCGGACUUCAACAAUCAUCCAUUGGCACAUUUGAUGCAAUCGGUCUUUGGGCUGCACAAUCCAACCAAAGUCCGAGCCAUUUGCUAUGCAACAACGGCCUCGGAUGGCUCGAUUCAUCGGCAGCAAAUUGAACGUGAGGCUCCCGUAUUCCACGAUGCUUCGUCGUGGGGUGUUGAGCGGCUUGUGCAUCAGAUUGUCAAGGACAAUGUACACGUACUGGUGAACCUGAAUGGUUAUACCCGAGGUGCACGCAAUGAAGUUUUCGCAGCUCGGCCUGCGCCUAUCCAUAUGUCUUUCAUGGGUUUCGCGGGGACUUUGGGUGCUGAAUGGUGCGAUUAUGUCUUUGCCGAUACAAUCUCUGUGCCACCCGAUACCCUCUCCCCAUGGAGACGGAAUGUGGACAUUGAAGAUCGCCUCCGACCUGAUGCCUUGGUCGAAGACAUGGAAGAUUGGGUGUACGCAGAGAAUGUCAUCUUUGCACGUGACACAUUUUUCUGCGUGGACCACAAACAGAGCGCACCAGACGUAAACAAAGGACCGCCGAACUUCAAAGACCCGUUGAAGCGUCAGACUGCUUGGGAGGAAGAACAAGAAACUCGCUGGAAGUUGAGAAAAGAGUUAUUCCCGACUCUUUCUGACACGGCGGUGAUUCUUGGUAACUUCAACCAGUUGUACAAAAUCGAUCCCGCAACGUUUGAAUCAUGGCUGCAAAUCUUGAAAAUGGUGCCGAAUGCCAUCCUCUGGUUACUGCGUUUCCCCGACCUGGGAGAGCAAAACCUUUUGAAGUAUGCGCGAGAAUGGGCGGAUCCAGACGUCGCCAGGAGGGUCAUCUUCACGGACGUUGCUGCCAAAGGCGCACACAUCACACGCGCGUCUGUGGUGGACUUGUUCCUCGACACGCCGGAAUGCAACGCACACACCACAGCCGCCGAUGUGGUAUGGUCUGGUACUCCGAUUGUGACGUGGGGGAAGUGGAAGUACAAGAUGUGCAGCCGCAUGGCUGGGAGUAUCGUUGCAAGCGCCCUGCCAGAUGGACGCGCAGGUGAAGAUGCUCGACGCGAGCUGCUUGUCCAAAGCGAGAAGGCGUAUGUCAAUACUGCCAUCGAGCUUGCUCGAGGGCUGAAAUACCCCUCACAAGAAUCAGGUGGCCGUCUGAAGGGUCGUGGGAAAGGCCGUCUGAUGGAUUAUCGACGAAUGUUGUGGGAAGGUCGAUGGUCCAGUCGGCUUUUUGACACGCAACGCUGGGUCAGAGACCUGGAGGUUGCGUACUGGUCAGCGUGGGAAAAGUGGGAGAAAGGGGAAGGAGGAGACAUCUGGUUAUGAGUCGAGCUGAGAGCAUGUCAGCAUAAUCUGCUCUGGCAAUGCACAAAACAUACUGCUACCACGAGCAUUUUAUGUACGUGGAAAUUAUUGACGGAGUUCUGUUGGACGACGACCUUGAUGAAAUCACGAACGAAACGAAAUUUACAGUUGAUUGAUACCAACCUACAGGUUUACCCGACGAAAUGGGAACUCCCUCCUUGAUAGGAACUGGGACAGGCAAAGAAAAAGUUGAAUUUUAUGACUGGGAGCUAACUGGGCAAGAGCAAUUCUUUUUUUGUCUCAAGCGGAAGGGUUUUAAGGGACAGGGUCGAUAGCAAGCGAGCGAGGCAGCGAGGUACGAAGAUGAUCAUCUCGUGUACCGAUUUUUUGGAAGGAAUUGAAUUUGAUUCGGUUACUAUUUUUUGUGGGAGGAUCCCACCCUUCGCUUCCACGGCACAUGUGGUGGAACUCGGCACAAGUUGAUUUGUUUGUGGACAGGGAUGGACUGGGGUUGGACCUUGUAUGUGGAUGGGCACAACGGCUUUUUUCUCCUUGAUGAUUGAUAUACGGAGUAUGUGGCUUCUUAUUCCACUUAGAUCUUUUGUUGUAUACGUACCUACGGGGUACCUAUGUGAAACAACAACAGCCCAUGUAGAGAGGCUGAUGAGGG